AUGGCAUUGUCUCGCUCCGGUAUGCUCCAGGUGCUGCUGGUGGUCGCCGUAGCUCUCGCAGUGGCGCCGGGCGUCCUCUCGGACCCGCCGCCGCUCCAAGACUUCUGCGUGGCCGACCUGAAGGCCGCGACGGCGGUCGACGGGUUCCCCUGCAAGCCAGCGUCGACCGUGGUGGACGACGACUUCUUCUCCGCGGCCAUGGUCUCCGGCCCCAGCACCGACAACCCCUUCGGCGUCAACUCCACACGCGCCACCGUGUCCGCCUUCCCGGGCCUGAACACGCUGGGCCUCUCCAUCACGCGCACCGACCUCGCGCCGGGCGGCAUCAACCCGCCGCACUCGCACCCUCGAGGUUCGGAGCUGGUGCUGGUGCUCAAGGGCGAGGUCAUGGUCGGCUUCACGACGGCGACCAACCAGCUCUUCUCCAAGGUGGUGAGGCAGAACGAGCUCUACGUGGUGCCCCGCGGCCUGCAGCACUACCAGCUCAACGUCGGCAAGGGGGACGCCGUGUUCAUGGCCAUGUUCGACGCCCAGUCGCCGGGCCUGGUAGUGCCGACGCUCGGGCUCUUCGCCACCAAGCCGGCCAUGCCCAUGGAGGUGCUAACCAAGACAUUCCUCAUGGGCGAGGACGAGGUGAGCGCAAUGAAGUCCAAAUUCGUCGGCUUCUGA